UAAAAAAACGCACAUUUCCGGUUUCAGUCAGCGCACAAAAAUUUCAGCAAAAUAUUUAGAAAAUGGCUAUCAAUUGCGUUCAUUUGGAAGCUGAUGCUUAUAUGGUUUGUCUCACACAUGCUUUAUCGACAGAACGGGAGGAAGUCAUGGGUCUUUUAAUUGGAGAGAUUGAUGAGAACAGAGUAUCACAUAUAUCUGCUGUAAUAAUGCUGAGGCGAUCAGACAAACAGCCUGACAGAGUAGAAAUCUCACCAGAACAGUUAUCAGAUGCAUCCACAAAGGCAGAGGACUUAGCUAAAGAACUCCAGCGCCCCUUACGCGUUCUAGGCUGGUAUCAUUCUCACCCACAUAUAACUGUCUGGCCUUCUCAUGUAGAUGUGCGGACACAAGCGAUGUAUCAAAUGAUGGACGAAGGAUUCAUAGGUCUCAUAUUCUCAGUGUUUAACCAAGACAAAACCACAAAGCAAAAUCGUAUCCAAGUAACCUGUUUUCAGUCCCAAACGUUAGAAAGUUUCCCCCCACAGUAUACUCCUAUAGAGGUGCCUCUCCAUAUUGUACCUAGUGCAGGUCUUGGCAGAGCCUGUCUCGAUUCCCUUGUAGAGCUCCCUAAAAUCCUGUCACAGGAGGAGACGGAGGCAUAUAGCAAGGUCACCUCCAAUGACCUUGACCUUAUCACAACCAUACACAACUCAUCAGUUUACACCAAGUCCCUGUGUCACAUCAUGGAAGUAAUGAAUGCUCCUUUGAUACAAUCUUUGGAAAAUCGCCUCGAACAAAACACGGCACAGAUCGCACUACUACAAAAAGAAAAUACUGCUCUGAGACAGCAACUUAGCUCAUCCUGACCACUCCCCAAACAUAGUGAACAUGUGAGUUCCUAAGGAUUCAGGGUUUGUUGUUGUGCUAUUCAAGCUGGAAACCAGAAAAGCAUGCCAGAUAAGUUAUCACACACCAAAUACAUCAUCAGCUUCGUGUGAAUGUUGUGUUGUUGUGAGGAGGACAAGUAUGUUGUACGUUUCUUAUCAUGGUUUUAAUGUCGGAUCACACAGCCAUGUUUGGAUGUGUCGGAGGAGACUGUGUUAUAAGGAACAGGUCUGCGAAGCCUGUACAUGCAAUUUAACAUCAACCUGAAUUACAUAUAAAAACGUCUAUAGUUAUGUGAUGACACAGAAUCCUCUGUAUCCAAAUCCAGAAAAGCAGUUUCAUUCUGUGAGGUCAUUGUUUUGUAAUUUUGUGACUGGAACUGAAUGGUAAAGAGAAGAUUUUGCACAGCAUUCUUAAUAGUCAAUAGUGCUAACUACUGACCCUCUAUUUAAAGGGUGACUAAUUUGUGGGAUUCAUAUUUCGUUAUAGUGAAAAUUAAACUGUCCCAAAAAUUCUAUGACUGAAUUGAAGAAGAACCUGAUUAAAAUGUCCUAUAAUGGUGCAGGAGUUAUCUCCCUUGAUUUUUCCUGCUAUUUGCUUUGCAUGUUUAGGAUAAAUUCAGUUGAAUAAAAUGUUAAAGCCUUCGUUGAAA